GUGGACAUUGUGUUCACGGCAAAGGAGGAGAAAUGCCGUCGUCUCCUUACGUGUCACGGAUCAACCAGAUCGACGCAGCGCAAUUGGACGAUGAAAUCUACAAAGUGCUCAGGAAUCAGGUAAAAAGGAUUACCGAGUAUCAACCGGUGGAGAGGAUCGAUCGAUGGCAGCCAGAAAUCGACGCGCUACUAAAGUUUCUUGUAUGGAACUUUUCGUUGCGCGGCGGAAAAUCGACCUUUGGCCAACAACUGCUCAAUUUGCAUUACGGGAAUAUCAACCGUACGAAGUCCGUUCUCUACUUGAUUCUGAUCGUCGUCCCGGCGUAUACGCGCGAUAAACUCCUCGACGGUGCCGGGAAUCGACGAUUAAGUUCGCUCUUCGAUCGUAUCGCGAACGUCGCGAAGCUGCUCGAGUUUAUCAAUUUGUUGAUCUUCCUGCAUCGAGGAACGCAGCCCCGCCUCGUCGAGUAUUUGCUGGGAAUCCCGAGCCGUUCCACGACUACUCACAAACCGAGAAACAUCGGAUAUUCGUACAUGACCAGGGAACUACUCUGGCACGGCCUCAUGGAACUGUUCACCACCGGUUUACCUAUGAUCAACUUCCAUUAUUUGAAGCACACCAUUAAGAACCUUAUCCCGCGGAGGAACCGUGGCAACGUACGAAGAUCGUUUCCAACGAUGAAUUCGACGACCAAAUGUGCCUACUGUAACGACACACCGAUCAUGCCGAUGCACGCUGGUUGCGAGCACAUUUUCUGUUAUUAUUGCUUGAAUGCACACUUUGUAGCUACCAACGAAUUCGAGUGUAUGGUAUGCGGCACGCAACUUCGCGUUCAAGACGCGAAGACGUACGAGGCAAGAUCCGCUAUGUCGUACUCGAAAGACGAGGCCGCCAAAAUGAUCGAAAGCGCGGGCCACGAUUCGUAA